AAUGACCUUAUUAUUAUUUUACCAGACGUCGAACUCGAACUUGGGCCGGCCGUGGUCGCGGUCUCGGCCGCUGGUAGCGCGCAGUCGCAGUCGUCUCCGAGCAACGGUUAGUCCCGCGAGUCCGUUCGGCGCCGCCGCGACGCUGUUAUGUCUGUGUCCCUUCUUAGCGCCGCGUCGCCGACUAUCAACCCCCAAUAGAAGCACUGCCCACUCGCCGCCUCUCUCCCAACAUGCACCUCGCCACCGCUCCCGUUCUCGGCCUCUUCAACGUCCUCCUCGGACUCGCGUCCUUCCCGCUCUCCGCCGGCACCGGCAUCUUCGGAUGUGUGAAUCUCAAGUACCUGUCACAGCAAGAGGGCAUGAUGGUGAACGUCUCCUACGGAGGGAGCUUGCUUCAUAGCGAAAAAGUGAAAGGCAGUAAUCCAGAGCCAGCAUGCAUGGAUCUCCUCGCGGAUCUAGUUCAAAUUUGCGCCAGGUUCAGCGACGUGUCACCGACGAACCAGGGCCUGAGGGGCUGCGUCCACUUGGAGCCGUCCGUUUUCGGUGAGGUGCAAACCUCCUACUCCUUCGGUUGCUUCAACAUGGGUGCCGACGGCAUGGUCCACGAGAAAAACGGAACCGAGUCUUCGGAGCCGGGCGAAGCGACCCGGCCGACGCCGACAGGGACGACGAAAAAGCCGGACGGACAGGCGGCCCUGCUGCAGCAGGCCAACGAGUCGGCGGAGCAGAGCAUAGCGUGGUUCAGCAACCUCCUUGGGUUCUCCCUCGGCUCGGCCAACGCCACGGAGGCUCCCGGCAGCGCCGAGGAGGAGUACGAGGACGAGGACGACGAGGAGGGCACCGAGGAAUCCACCGAAGCCGCCGCAGCCCCCCAACAGAAACCACAGCGGAGGACCUUCCGCAGCCCAGUUCCCGUCUCCAGUUAACUUCGCCCAACGGGCAACAUCCUCCCGUAGCAGUGCUCCCAUUUUCAGCAACUGGUUCCGAGGAGCUUUAAAAAUUUCCCGGAAUUUCGUUGGUUCGACCGACUAAGUGAUGAUUUUUUCAUGGAAUUCGACGACUUUCGGAACUAAAUCCGGGCGUAUUUCGGAACUUUUGUCCUCCCGUAGCAGUGCUCCCAUUUUCCGCACCUAGUUCCCAAGAGCUUUAAAAAUUUCCCGGAAUUUCGUUGGUUCGACCGACUAAGUGAUGAUUUUUUCAUGGAAUUCGACGACUUUUGGAACUAAAUCCGGGCGUAUUUCGGAACUUUUGUCCUUCCGUAGCAGUGCUCCCAUUUCCCGGAACUAGUUCCAAGGAGCUUUACAAAUUUUCCGGAGUUUCUCCCGGAAUUUCGAUGGCUCAACCGGUUAAGUGAUGAUUUUUAGAUGAGAUUCAACGACCCUCGAAACUAAAUCCGGGCGUAUUUCGGAACUUUUACCCGGAACUUAUGAAAGAGUCUGGUUUAUUCACAGAAAUUUUGGAAAUCGGAAUCAAUGCUGGAAACCGCGGAUUUUUCGGUAAAAUAAAAUAGGAACACUGUCCUGUAGUGCUACAGAGCGGCCAAUGCAAUGCCAUUCUUAGGGGCAAAAAUUUUAUCAGCUAUUUGACACCAGAAGAUAAAAUGGAUUCAAAUGAUUUUCUAGUUGAUUGCAGCGCGAUCAAGAACAUUAACUGAGUCGACAAUACUUCGGAUGCAACCUGUCAAUAUCUGUUAACCAUACACAUUUACAUAGAUAUUGCCUGGAAAAUGUUAGAUCUUGCCACUUAUCUUAGUUGGCGUCAAAAUUGGCUGAGGAGACACCUGACUGCUGAAUCUCCGCUUUCGUUUGUUCCGCGCGUUCAGCCGUAAAAUUUGUUAAGACGCUGUUGAAAAGUUCGAAGGAGCCACACAGAUAUUAGAUCACACGGUAAGGGGAUUGGCAGUUCUUACAAUGCUGAUGAUGGAUUUCAGGAAUCGCCUAGAAUUCUAAUCUUAAUUUAAACUGAAUACAUUAUUAGUAAGAGCGCAACUCUGGCACCGAGAUUUUGGGUUGGGCACGAAAUCCACGAUGUGCGGUGAAAAAGCUGAGAUUCAUUAUUCUAUGCGUAUGGGCAGAAGAUUCGAAACGUAACAAUAUGGCGGCAGUAACCUAGGCUCCGCCAAUCAUUCACGAGCGUCCUUGGUGUCCCAUAGAGUUGGAAAACAUAUUUAGACGUGCGUCACGUAGAUACUAGCCCCCACACAAAAGGCAGACGGGGACGAGUUGAAAAUGACCCUACAGGAUUUUCCAGUAAUUUUACAUUUCGCCAACUGUUCCUGAGCCGCGCUGUAGAUCGCGAGGCUGUGAAUCAUGUGAAGGGAUCGUGUGGGCACUAUUCUGGAUUAAGGUUUUAACCUGUUAUCGUGUGUUUUAAUCGCAAUCGAGACAUUUCGUCCGCGUGAAAACUCAAUGCAGCCGAAACCGUCAAGCGCAACGAAGUGUUUUCUCGUGAGCGCAAUGAGCUCGCCCAUACCGGGUUGAAACAAGAACAACGUUACGGCAUUUGCUAUGUUGCGUUCGCCGUGGUCUGAUACUUUGAAUCUGACGACAGUUGCUCAUGAACUAAAUCGACUUGGCAAAAAUGCCAUUCUUCGCUGAUAUAGAUCAUUUUCCGAGGGUCAAGAGUCGGCAGCUUUGAUUCCGCAUGGCGGCCGGCCGGCCGUCAACUUCCGCGACAGAGGCCAACAUCAGCACCGUGACAGCGGACAAAUUUCUCGAUUGUGAGGAAAACAGAUGUUAACACGUUAAAACCCUCAUCCAGAGCAGUGUUCACAUGAUCCAUAGCGUCACGAUCUGCAGCGCGGCUCAUCAGCAGUUCGCCAAAUGAAAAAUUCCUCGAGAAUCCUGUAGGGUUAUUUUCAACUCGUCCCCGAAAAAUUGCUAUAACUCGGUGAGUUUUCAACCGAAUAAGAUCAAAUUUUGAGAUUUGAUAGCUAAUAAUAUGAGCAAGAACUUCAUACAAACCGCAUUACGACAUCUCUCCUAGUUUUCAAAUUACUGACUUGGUCUCAGUUGUUGGGGGACACUUGUAACUCAGCAAAUAACGAGAGCUGAGUGUCAGAAACCUGCACUUUGUACGUACCUGAUCCACCGACGCUGAUGUUGGUUCAAUCGUCAAGGGAAAUAGUAAUAGUGGAGUACCGAAAGUUUGAGAGAGCUUGUGGCAAGCGAAAAAUUAGAAUGUUGACACACACUAUACAUUAAAUUCGCACUUUCGAGUUAAGUUGGGGAAUGAAAAGGUCCGCAGGGUUCAACUAUCGAUAAAACAUGUUUUAAUAUAGUGAAGCCUGCUUUUCGCCCGUUCCGAUUUAAGUUCACAGCAUCUGGUUAACUAGAGCAGCAACUGACACAGCCAAAUUAUUGCACGUGAUUAAACUGAAAUUUCGCUUCGGUUGGGCCAACUGGAAAAAAAUGUUCGUCGAUAAAAUUAUUUCGCAGAAUGAAUUCCAGUCCGGAACCAGCUGGUCUACUUUAACGUAACCAUGGUCAAAUUAAUUAACGUUUUUCCCGGUGAGAGGUUCAUCGCAAACCGUUCGGAGGGAAAGGAGUUUCUGAGAAACUCUUUUUCUAGGAUAUCUGCGACUUCGUUCGCGACCUGAUUCCAAAGUCACAUCGGCUUGACUUUGAUUGGUGCAACUUGAAUGGUGGGCGGGUUACCUGCAAGCUCUGAGAUGGAACUAAUUUUUCAGGUUUCGUGAACUGUAUUUUCUUCUCGCUCGCAUGAUUUUAGUAUCGGCUUUCUUUUAUAUUAGCGACCAGUGUAUGCCGCGUCAUGGAGCGUAUCCGUCUCGUCCCUUGGCCAAUCACAUCCAAGUAUUGAGUGAGAGAUUGCGGCCGCCUUUUGAACCGCCACUCCCUCAGUCUAAAUCAUUGGUAAAUAAACAGGUGGAAAAAUUGAUUUCUAAUGGAAACAGUUUUUUUACUGGUCACGUGCAUUAAUUAACACUCACAGGUCUGGAGGGCAACAAUGCGCGCGGAAAUCGUAAAGAAAAAAGUGCUAAUGAAUCAGUUGCACUGGUCACAGAAUUUUGUUUGGAUGCAUGCUUCUAGUGGAUCAGCUAAAAAUAACACGAUAUUUUCAAACGGCAACUUUCUACGUGCAAUUAAUAUUGACUGAGAUACAGAGUUCUGAAAAAUUUGGUGUGUGACGUCAUCCACGACGGUAGUGACACCCUUGGUUCUUUCCACCGAACUUUCAUCUAUCAGUGAGACACAAAUUGGCACUGAUCGCUCAACCUUAAAACUCGAGAAAGCAAGGUGGAAGGGACCAAGGGUGUCACUACCGCCGUGGAUGACGCCAGGAGCCGAAUUUUUCAAAACACCAUGGCUGGGUUAAUAUUGAAUGUCGAAAGUUGCGGUUUGGACGGAUCUUAUUAUUUUUAGCUUUCCUACAAGAAUCAAGCACGAAAACCCGAUUUCGUGAUGACACAUUUGAUUUUCUGCGUACGUACGCGCGAUCCAACAAGCCUUAGAUGUCAUGAUGUAACCCAUCUUACACAAGAUUCCAAGUACACGAACUAUUUAAGACGCAUUCGGAAUGCGAGGAUGAACCAGCUUGUGACGAAUUGUGACCAAAGAAGCAGUACGAAAAGAAAGAUCCCCAUAUCUUCGGAGAGAGAAACUACAGGAGCUGCCCCACGGCUGGUGAGACUGCAAUAGAGAAAGGCUGAAAUUCUGACGAACCAAAAAGCAUUGUAUCCAAUAGAUACGGCAGCGUUUCGAAUGGUUUUUUAUUCUUUGAUCUCAAAUCAAAGGCAGCAUCGCUCAGUCAAGAAGGAUCGUAGGUGCGUUCCGAUAACGUGAGGCCUCAUGUUAUUCUUGUAAAGUAAGUUAUUGUGUACCAGAUAAGAUUAAUUUAUUCCGAAUUGUACAAAGCAAGGUAAUAAAUGAACAAAUGUAAAGAAAUUAA